CUCCAACUUCUGUCCUCACCACAAUACACCAUCCACUUAGAAGAAUCUGAUCUUGGAAUGUAUUCUUGAUCCCCAAAUCCUGUGAUUUGAACCAUGGUAUCCUUCAAGAAUCUGCGGCAGAUUCUUCUUUCGUUUAUUUUGGUCUUUCAAACACACUCUUCAACCCAAGUUGCUUGUUUUUCCAAAAUCAGUGUUACGGUUGGUGAUCAAGCUGCAGCUGAGAACAGUGAAGCAAAGGCACUGUUAAAGUGGAAAGACAGCUUUGACAAGUCCAGUAAAUAUCUCUUGUCAACAUGGACAGGUAAUAGUCCAUGCAAGUGGAAAGGAAUUCAGUGUGACAAUUCCAACUCUGUCUCCACCAUAAAUCUUGCAUAUUAUGGACUCCAAGGUACACUCCACACUCUCAACUUCUCCUCAUUUCCCAACCUUGCAGUCCUAAAUAUCUACAACAACUCCUUUUAUGGAACCAUUCCCCCACAAAUUGGUAACUUGUCCAAAGUAAAUGUUUUCAAUUUUUCUUGUAAUUAUUUUAGUGGUUCCAUCCCUCAAGAAAUGUGGACACUGAGGAGUUUACAAGGCCUUGAUGUUUCCACAUGCCUACUAAGUGGAACGAUUCCUAGUUCCAUAGCAAACUUGUCCAACCUGUCAUAUCUUGCUCUGGGUACCAACAAUUUUUCAGGGCACAUUCCUCUAGAGAUAGGAAAGUUGAACAAAUUAGAGCAUCUAAAUCUUGGAAACAUUAACCUUGUCGGUUCCAUUCCUCAAGAAAUUGGAAUGUUGACAAACCUUCAAUAUAUUGAUUUGUCAAGAAACAAAUUGCUCUCUGGUCCUAUCCCUAAAACAAUAAGUAACUUGAGUAAUUUAAAUAUACUUUACCUUUCUGAAAAUCCCCAUUUAUCUGGGCCAAUCCCAUCCUCCAUAUGGAACAUGUCUAACUUGACCGAGCUCUUCCUUAAUGAAAACAACCUUUCUGGAACGGUCCCUGAUUCCGUAGAAAACUUGGCCAAUUUAGAGAUACUUCUACUUGAUACCAACCACCUUUCUGGGUCCAUUCCUUCCACCAUUGGAAAAUUGACAAAGCUAAAUGAGUUGUAUUUAAAUUUUAACAAUUUUUCUGGACCAAUUCCUCCCUCAAUAGGAAAUUUGAUCAAUUUAACUGGCCUUAGUCUCCAAGGAAACAACCUCAUCGGAACAAUUCCCGCCACAAUUGGGAAUUUGAAAAGCCUCACCAUUUUAGAAUUGUCCACCAACAAACUUAAUGGAAGCAUUCCACAAUCCUUGAAUAACAUCCUCAACUUUGACACCUUGUUAUUAGCUGAGAAUGAUUUCACAGGCCAUUUACCACCUCAAAUUUGUUCUACUGGCUCACUACUGUACUUUAAUGCUUUUCGCAACCGUUUCACGGGUCUCGUGCCAAGAAGCUUAAAGAAUUGCUCAAGUAUUCUUAGAAUAAGACUGGAAGGAAACCAAUUGGAGGGAGAUAUAGCACAAGAUUUUGGUGUCUAUCAAAAUUUGGAAUACAUUGAUUUGAGUGACAAUAAGUUUUACGGCCAAAUUUCACCAAACUGGGGGAAGUGCCCUAAUCUUGAUAGCUUGAAGAUAUCCAACAAUAAUCUCUCCGGUGGUAUACCAAUUGAACUUUUUGAGGCAACUAAGCUAGGGAGGCUUCACCUUUCUUCAAAUCAACUGUCUGGAAAGCUGCCAAAAGAGCUAGGUAUGCUAAAAUCAUUAAGUGAACUCAACAUCAACAACAAUCAUUUUUCAGGAAACGUUCCCACUGAAAUAGGAUUGUUGCAGGAUCUCCAAUUCUUGGAUCUUGGAAAAAAUGAGUUGAGUGGCCCAAUACCAAAACAAGCUAUAAUGUUGCCCAAAUUAGUAAAAUUGAAUUUGAGCAAUAAUAGAAUAAAUGGAAGGAUUCCCGUGGAGUUUAGCAAAUUGCAGUCUCUUCAAACUCUUGAUCUUAGUGGGAAUUUGUUGAGUGGAACAAUACCAGGAGAUCUAGGAGAUUUAAAGCAAUUGGAAAUGUUGGAUCUCUCUUCCAAUAAUCUUUCUGGUACCAUUCCAUCCAGUUUUGAUCUCAUGUUCAGUUUGACUUCGGUCAACAUAUCAAACAACCAGUUAGAAGGGCCACUUCCAAAAACUCGAGCCUUUCUUAAGGCUCCAAUUGAAUCAUUGAAAAAUAACAAAGGCUUGUGUGGCAAUGUCACUGGCUUGAUGCUUUGCCCAACCAACCACAUUCAAAAGAGGCACAAGGGUAUUCUGUUGGCAUUAUUUCUUAUCCUGGGUGCUCUUAUAGUAGUAUUGUGUGGGGUGGGAGUUUCAAUGUAUAUUCUUUGUCGAAAAGCAAAGAAGAAAGAAACUCAUGCUAAAGAAAAAGAACAAUCAGAGAAAGCACUUGCUGAAGAAGUAUUUUCCAUAUGGAGUCAUGAUGGAAAAAUUAUGUUUGAAAAUAUCAUCGAAGCUACCAACAAUUUCAAUGACACAUAUCUCAUUGGAGUCGGAGGACAAGGAUAUGUUUACAAGGCUAAGUUGCCUUCGGGUCAGAUUUAUGCGGUGAAAAAACUUAGUCUGGAAACUGAUGGAGAAAAGCCCAAUUUCAAAGCUUUUGAAAAUGAAAUUCGAGCUUUGACUGAAAUUAGGCAUCGUAACAUUAUCAGGCUACAUGGAUUUUGCUCACAUUCACGAUUCUCAUUCUUGGUUUAUAAUUUCUUGGAAGGGGGUAGCUUGGAUCAACUACUAAGCAUUGACACAAAAGCAGCUGCAUUUGAGUGGGAAAUGAGGGUGAAUGUUGUUAAAGGUGUAGCCAAUGCUUUAUCCUAUAUGCAUCAUGAUUGUAAACCUCCAAUAAUUCAUCGUGACAUAUCAAGUAAGAAUGUUCUUUUGGAUUCACAAUAUGAAGCUCAUGUCUCUGAUUUUGGAACAGCUAAGAUUCUAAAGCCUGGUUCACGCAAUUGGACCACAUUUGCAGGCACCUUUGGGUAUGCAGCUCCAGAGCUUGCCCAAACUAUGGAAGUGACCGAGAAAUGUGAUGUAUUCAGUUUUGGAGUGCUUUCUCUAGAAAUCAUGAUGGGGAAGCAUCCAGGAGAUCUCAUUUCUUCAUUGCUAUCUUCAUAUUCAGCAACAGUGACUUAUAACUUGAAGCUAAUUGACUUGUUGGACCAAAGACCACCUCAACCUCUAAAAUCAAUUUUUGGGGAUGUCAUUUUGGUUGCUAGCAUGGCAUUUUCUUGCUUGAGUGAAAAUCCAUGUUCUCGCCCAACCAUGGAUCAAGUGUCGAAAAAGCUUAUGAUGGAGAAAUCACCUUUAGCAGAGCAGUUUCCCACGAUUAAACUUGGACAGCUGUUGUAAAGGAUUGAACAACUUAAAUAUUUUAUUGUUCUUGUUUUCUUCGCUGUGCAACAUUUAUCCUUUCUUUUAUGUUGUAGGCUUGUUUGUUAUGUCAUUGUAAUAUAUCACGCAUAAGUUACUAAAGCAGCUAGAUUUUAUUGUUCAAAUAUUGAUUUGGGACAUUUGUUUGUGUGGGAAAUCCUUAGGGUAGUGUGAGCAUGCAUAUGUACAAAUUAUUGGUUUGAAUAAAGAACUGAUCUAUGAAUUAAUUCA